AUGCUUCAACAAGGACAAGCUGAAGAAUCCCAACAGGAGAAGCAGGAGAUUGAACUGAAAAAGAGCACAGAGCCAACUCGCCAACAACCCACCGAAGGGCAGUUUGCAACAGAACGUCCACAGGAGUCUGCUGGUGCAUCUCAGCCUUCAGUAACAACCCCAGAGCUCCAACAGGGUCAAGCUGAAGAAUCCCAACAGGAAAAGCAGGAGAAUGAAUUGAAAAAGAGCACAGAGCCAACUCGCCAACAACCCACCGAAGGGCAGUUUGCAGCAGAGCAUCAACAGGAGUCUGCUGGUGCAUCUCAGCUUUCAGUAACAACCCCUGAGCUCCAACAGGGUAAAGCUGAAGAAUCCCAAAAGGCAAAACAGAAGAUCCAAUUGAAAAAGAGCACAGAGCUAACCCACCGACAACCUACCAAAGAGCAGUUUGCUGCAGAUCAUCCACAGCAAUCUGCCCGUGCGUCCCGACCCCCUGUAACCACUCCCAUGGACCGAAAGCAGAAACUGGAGAUCCAAUUGAAAAAGAGCACAGAGCCAACCUACCAACAACCUACUGAAGGGCAGUUUGCUGCAGAUCAUCCAGGGCAACCUCCCAAUCCAUUAGAAUCUUUAACAGUCAAACCCAUUAACCCAAAGCCUCGACCAUGUUCGACACAGGAGUUCAAAUUGAUGAAGAGAACAGAGCCAACCCAACAACAACUUAUCACAGAGCAGUUUGCUGCAGAGCAUCCACAGGCUUUUACCCAUGCAUCCCAACCUUCCACCCCCAUGCUCCAAAAGGGUCAAUCUGAAGCAUUCUUAAGGGUGGGGCAGGAGAUCAAAUUGAAAAAGAGCACAGAGCCAACCCACCAAAGGUCAAGUUUAUAUGGAGAAUCCACAGGAGCCUCCCCAUAUGCAGAAGUCACCUCAUACGCAGGAGCUUCCCCAUAUGCAGGAGUUUCCCCAUAUACAGGAGACUCCCCAUCCACAGAUGAUUCCUCACAUACAGGAGCUCCCCCUUACACAGGAGCCCCCCCAUACACAGGGUCAGUCCCUUAUACAGGAGCUCCCCCUUAUACAGGAGCUCCACCAUAUACAGGAGCUGCCCCACAUCCAGGAACUGCCCCAUACCCAGGAACUGCCCCAUAUACAGGAGCCCCCCCAUACACAGGAGUCCCAGGAGCCCCCCCAUAUACCGGAGCUCUCAAAGCUACAGGAGUCUCUUUGUUACAAUUCACCGAAGGGCAAUAUGCUACAAAGUAUCCACAGAAGCCUCCCUGUGCAUCCCGACCUACAAUAACCAUGUCCAUGCUCCAAUGGGGCCCAGCUUACACCACCCUUAGGGAGCUAAGAGUGGUUAAGGAUCUGAGGGUGGCACAGAAGAGUCAAUUGAAAGACAGCAAAGAACCAAUCCACCCAAAGUCAAUUUUCUGGACAGCAUACAGAGGAACCUCCCCAUUCAAACUUCCCAAAGUGCAGUAUGCUGCAGAGCAUCCACAGCAGCCUCCCCAUGUCAAUUUACAAAAGGAUGGUUUGCUGCAGAGUAUCCCCAGGAGUCUCCCCGUGCCAACCCAUCGAAAGGCUGUUUGUGGCACUGAAACAGGAACUUUUCCGUGCCAACCCACAGAAGUGCAGUUUGCUAAGGAGCAACCACAGGAACCUACUCGUGCAUCACAACAUUCAAAAACAAUGCUGCGACGGGGUCGAGCUGAACCAUCCCUAAGGGUAGUGCAGGAGGUCCAAUUGAAAAACAGCACAGAGCCAGCCCAAUGUUCCUUCAGCCAAGUGGUCUCUUUGGCUUCUCAACAAAACUUCAUCACCUCACGUAAAUGCGGGAAGACGCAGUAUGGAAAACUGCAGUUUGACUGGAUGAGGGGAUCUGUGAAAUCUCGGCAUUCAUUAAAGUGAAAACUGAUUUGUUUCAAGUAAACAAAGUA